GGCGCCCAUUGUUACGCCGGGUACUUAAGGGGUCCUGAGGCCGGUCGUGUGCCACACUCGGUGCUCACACGAGCUGAUCUGAUCGCCGGCGACAUCACUCGGGAGACCCGCCGGGCGCGUGGUCCCUGCAGGCGAGGCGAGCAGGCGAGGCCAAGUUCCCCGUGCGUCCCUGAGCCCUUCCAGGCUCUCACUCCCGCAUCUGGCACAGAGUAACAACCCCAGGCCGUUGGGAACGUAAGUGCGCCCUGGUGGCUCUGCCCUCAGUCCGGGCUGCAGCACUCUGAGCGCCUUUCUAUCCUUCCGUCGGUCCUGCUCAGCGCAACGAUGCCAGCCCCUCUGGAGACCUGCAUCUCCGACCUCGACUGCGCCAGCAGCAGCAGCAGCAGCAGCAGCAGCAGCAGCAGCAGCAGCAGCAGCAGUGACCUGUCCGGCUUCCUCACCGACGAGGAAGACUGUGCCAGGCUCCAACCGCCAGCCUCCGCCUCGGGGCCGCCCGCGCCGGUCCGCAGGGGCGCGCCCAGUACCUCCCGGGCGUCGGAGGUUCCAGGGGCCCAGGACGAGGAGCAGGAGCGGCGGCGGCGCCGCGGCCGGGCGCGGGUGCGCUCCGAGGCACUGUUGCACUCGCUGCGCAGGAGCCGGCGCGUCAAGGCCAAUGAUCGCGAGCGCAACCGCAUGCACAACUUGAACGCGGCGCUGGACGCACUGCGCAGUGUGCUGCCCUCGUUCCCCGACGACACCAAGCUCACCAAGAUCGAGACGCUGCGCUUCGCCUACAACUACAUCUGGGCUCUGGCCGAGACACUGCGCCUGGCGGAUCAAGGGCUCCCCGGAAGCGGUGCCCGGGAGCGCCUCCUAUCACCACAGUGCGUCCCCUGCCUGCCCGGACCCCCAAGCCCCGCCAGCGACGCGGAGUCCUGGGGCUCAGGUGCCGCCGCCUCUCCCAGCGCCGCCGCCGCCUCCCCACUCUCUGACCCCAGCAGCCCCGCCGCCUCCGAAGACUUCACCUACGGCCCCGGCGACCCCAUUUUCUCCUUCCCAGGCCUGCCCAAAGACUUGCUCCACACGACGCCUUGUUUCAUCCCUUACCACUAGGCCCUUUGUAGACACCGUUACCUUCCCCCUCCCCUAGUCAGCAGGCAAUAGAUGGGGCACCAGCUGCCGCCUCCUCGGGACCCUCUCUCCAGGCGGAGGGAGGAGGCGGGAGCUUUGAAGGGGUCGGGGAUACCUGAGCCGCUUGUUAGGUCACCGCACCCUGGCUGCGGCUGCCUCUUGGUCUGGUCUGUUUCUCCAGCCCUCAGCCCCGGGCCCCUCCUGCCCGUCCCUAGACGGCCUUUCCUUUUGCACUUUCUGAACUCCACAAAACCUCCUUUGUGGCUGGCUCAGAACUGACCCCAGCCACCACUUCAGUGUGAUUUAGAAAAGGGACAGAUCAGCCCCUGAAGACGAGGUGAAAAGUCAAUUUUACAAUUUGUAGAACUCUAAUGAAGAAAAACGAGCAUGAAAAUUCGGUUUGAGCCGGCUGACAAUACAAUGAAAAGGCUUAAAAAGGAGAGACAAGGAGUGGGCUUCAUGCAUUAUGGAUCCCGACCCCCACCACUGCAGGCUCGCUCUAGGAAGAACUGGAGACUCUUGCUUAGCUAUUCAGGCACCGGGCUGGAGAGUACUUUAAUUUAUUCAAGAUGCUUCAUUCAUAUGAAAAUGUAUUUUUGUACAUAAAGAGUUUAUUCUAUUAUGAGCUGUCAAAGUUUACGUUUGUACUGCAGAUGCUUCAUGUAAAUAAAAACGAAAAAAAUAAGUCA